UAAGAACUGUGGAGACCAAACUGUCAGCUCCCUGAGGGCAGCCCCCAGCCUGGUGGCCUCUGCGGUGGUGCCAGCACCAAGCUCACAGCCACCACACGUGCUGCUGUUCAACGUUGGUUGGCUGACGGAAGCUGCCCACUGCUGCCCUGCGCAUCUUUUCCCGCCACCCAGACUAGACCAUGUGUGGCGAGAACCGAAGUUCGGAGGUAGACGAGCAAGCGAGCGGUUUGCCCGGGCGCAGAGCAUGAAGGCCGGGCGGGCGCGGGGAGCGGGCGCCCGCCGCCCGGCGCGGGGGUGAGCGAGAGAGAGAGCGGAGCGCGUGUGGCCGGCGCCGCUCGGCCGGGAGCUCCCGCGCCCGCGCCCCGCGCCCCGCGCCCGCCGCCGCCGCCCCUGGUGCGAUGGCGCAGAAACCCCGUUGACAAGGCACUGCUUUUUCAUGACGUUGUCAUGGAUGAUGAUGAUGAUUCGUGUCUCCUUGAUCUUAUUGGAGACCCACAGGCAUUGAACUAUUUUCUACAUGGACCUAGUAAUAAAUCUAGCAAUGAUGACUUGACUAAUGCAGGAUACUCUGCAGCCAACUCAAAUUCAAUUUUCGCCAACUCUAGUAAUGCUGAUCCUAAGUCAUCCCUCAAAGGUGUAAGCAACCAGCUUGGAGAAGGACCCAGUGAUGGACUGCCACUUUCAAGUAGCCUUCAGUUUCUUGAAGAUGAACUUGAGUCUUCUCCUCUUCCUGAUCUCAGUGAGGACCAACCUUUUGACAUUCUUCAGAAAUCCUUGCAAGAGGCCAAUAUCACUGAACAGACAUUGGCAGAAGAGGCAUAUUUGGAUGCCAGUAUAGCUUCAAGCCAACAAUUUGCACAAGCUCAGCUUCAUCCUUCUUCAUCAGCAUCCUUUACUCAGGCUUCUAAUGUUUCUAAUUACUCAGGUCAGACGCUACAGCCUAUAGGGGUGACUCACAUGCCUGUUGGAACAUCAUUUGCAAGCAAUACAGUGGGUGUGCAACAUGGCUUUAUGCAACACGUGGGGAUCAGUGUUCCCAGCCAGCAUUUGUCUAAUAGCAGCCAGAUUAGUGGUUCUGGUCAAAUACAAUUAAUUGGAUCAUUUAGUAAUCAGCCUUCCAUGAUGACUAUUAAUAAUCUAGAUGGAUCUCAAAUCAUACUAAAGGGCAGUGGGCAGCAAGCCCCAUCAAAUGUGAGUGGAGGGCUUCUGGUUCAUAGACAGACUCCUAAUGGCAACUCCUUGUUUGGGAAUUCCAGUUCCAGUCCAGUAGCACAGCCUGUUACAGUUCCAUUUAAUAGCACAAAUUUUCAAACAUCUUUACCUGUACAUAACAUCAUCAUACAAAGGGGUCUUGCACCAAAUUCAAAUAAAGUCCCAAUUAAUAUCCAACCAAAGCCUAUCCAGAUGGGUCAGCAGAAUACAUACAAUGUGAACAAUUUGGGAAUACAGCAGCACCACGUACAGCAAGGGAUCUCUUUUGCCUCUGCAAGCUCACCCCAGGGCUCAGUAGUUGGCCCUCACAUGUCUGUGAACAUUGUAAAUCAACAGAACCCAAGAAAACCAGUCACCUCACAGGCUGUGAGCAGCGCUGGGGGUAGUAUUGUUAUUCAUUCACCCAUGGGCCAGCCACAUGCACCCCAAAGUCAGUUCCUCAUACCUACAAGCCUUUCUGUCAGUUCUAACUCGGUACACCAUGUCCAGACCAUAAAUGGGCAACUUGUUCAGACUCAACCCUCUCAGCUCAUUUCUGGCCAAGUGGCCUCAGAGCAUGUCAUGUUGAACAGAAACUCUUCCAACAUGCUCAGGACCAACCAACCAUAUUCUGGACAGAUGCUUAACAACCAGAACACUGCCAUCCAGCUAGUGUCUGGGCAGACAUUUGCUGCCUCUGGAAGCCCAGUAGUAGUCAAUCAUGCUUCUCCUCAGAUCGUUGGAGGACAGAUGCCCUUGCAGCAGGCAUCACCAACCGUUUUACACCUGUCACCCGGGCAGAGCAGCGUCUCCCAAGGAAGACCUGGCUUCGCCACCAUGCCCUCGGUGACAAACAUGUCAGGACCCAGUCGGUUCCCUAAUGUCAGCUCUUCCAGCACUGCCCAUCCUAGUCUUGGGUCUGCGGUUCAAUCUGGUGUGUCGGGAUCAAACUUUACCGGAGAUCAGUUGACCCAGCCAAACAGGACUCCAGUACCAGUCAGUGUGUCUCAUCGUCUUCCAGUUUCUUCUUCCAAAUCUACCAGCACCUUCAGUAACACCCCUGGAGCAGGAACUCAGCAACAAUUCUUCUGUCAGGCUCAGAAAAAGAGUUUGAAUCAGACGUCCCCCAUUUCAGCUUCCAAGAGCGCUGAUGGCCUGAGGCAAGCACAGAUCCCUGGUCUCCUGAGCACCGCACUGCCAGGGCAGGAUUCUGGAAGCAAAGUUAUAUCGGCAUCAUUAGGAACCGCACAACCACAACAGGAAAAAAUAGUUGGAUCAUCUCCUGGCCAGCCAACUGUGCAGGUGGAUAGUUAUACUGGAGGACAGAAAAGGCCUGCUACGAAACAACUAACUAAAGGAGCUUUCAUUCUCCAGCAGUUACAGAGGGACCAAGCCCACGCUGUGACGCCCGAUAAAAGUCAGUUCCGCUCACUAAGUGAUGCGGUGCAGAGACUGCUCUCCUACCACGUGUGCCAGGGCGCCAUGCCCACUGAGGAGGACUUGCGGAAAGUGGACAAUGAAUUUGAAACAGUUGCUACUCAGCUCCUUAAAAGGACCCAAGCAAUGCUUAACAAAUACAGAUGUCUGCUCCUAGAAGAUGCCAUGCGGAUCAAUCCCUCUGCCGAGAUGGUGAUGAUUGAUAGAAUGUUCAACCAGGAGGAAAGAGCUUCUCUGUCCCGGGACAAACGUCUGGCCCUUGUAGACCCGGAUGGUUUUCAGGCUGAUUUCUGUUGUUCCUUCAAACUUGAUAAAGUCACUCACGAGAUGCACUUUGGCAGGAGUGACCAGCCUGGCAGUAAAACAACCAGCUCUUUCCAUCUGCCGGCCAAGGCGCAAAGCAGAGACCGAGCCAAGCCAGGCUUGGCAGAACCAAUGAAUCAUGACCAACUUCAUCUAGUGCCUAAUCACAUUGUGGUCUCUGCAGAAGGAAACAUUUCUAAAAAAACUGAAUGCCUCAGCAGAGCACUGAAAUUUGACAAAGUGGGCUUAGCCCAAUACUGGAGCGCUUCUGAAGAGAAACCCAGCCGGAGGGACUCCGUGAGGGCCAGUGAGUGCGCCCCUGGCCCUGAGGGGCACCAGAAGACCUCGUCCAGACCAGACUAUGGUCCUGAGAGCCAACUCUCAAGUUCCCUAGCAGAGUCUCACUUGGAGAUGAUGCGCAGCAAUUCCUUCCAAGACAAAGCUCUGAGGAAUUCUCCAAAGAAUGAAGUUUUACACACAGACAUCAUGAAAGGGUCAGGUGAGCCCCAGGCAGAUCUCCAGCUCAGCAAGAGUUUAGAAACAACAUUUAAGAACAUCUUGGAACUCAAGAAGGCUGGGAGGCAGCCCCAGAGUGACCCUGCGGUUGGCGGCUCUGUUGAGUUAGAUUUCCCCAACUUUUCUCCAAUGGCUUCGCAGGAGAACUGCCUGGAAAAGUUCAUCCCGGACCACAGUGAAGGCGUUGUAGAAACAGACUCCAUUUUAGAAGCAGCUGUAAAUAGUAUCCUAGAGUGUUAGUAGCAGCAGUCCUUCCCCCCACUCCCACCCCUCAGCCCCCAUCCCCCACCCCCUCACCCCAUCCCGGACAAGUUACAUUCUUUCCUGGCAAAAGCAAAUGGAAACUGUCUCCUGUCUCCAGCCUGCUUGGUCUUUCAUCACAGGUUAUUCUUUCUGAUCUCAACCCUGUUCUUUAUUUAAGAGCAAUACUUGUCGUGGUUACAGGGAAAUCCUUCGUAAAAUUAAUCCUUGUUAAGAAAGCAGUCUGAUAGGCCCUACACAUUUCAAAUGUUAUGAAAGUGCUUACAGUCAUUUUCUGUUUGUUUAUUUGCUUUAUUUUUCAAAACAUUGUAACUCAAUGAGAUCACAGUACAUUUGGCCCUCGGUAAAAUUCUGACAAUCAUAAGUCAUUUGAAAAGAAUAGACUUUCUGAAGAAAAUCUAACAGGACUGAUAGAAGCUACUUUUUAAAGAAUAUCCCACUUCAUCUCCAAAUUUAAGGUUUUGUUUUGUUUUGUUUUUGGGGGGAAGGCCACAUGGUUCUCUCCCCUUAGUCAUCUGAGCAGUAAGUUGCUGGCUGUUCUGCUGGGACUCCGGGUCCUGGUGCAGAAGCCAGUAGCCAAAAGCAGGGCAUGUGCGGGGCUUCCUUGUUCGUUAUUCAAGUGCUUUUCCCAUGUUCCGGGAGCAAAACGUCAUGCUUUUCAGCAUAUCCGGGGUGAAUUUGAUCUAGGGAAUGCUCUGUUCUUAGUGCAACAGCAUGACUUGACAUAAUUUUGCCAGGCUAAAUAAAGGAAAAUGGAAACCAGUAAGUGGCACAGUGUACAGGGGAGGCCAGCCGGGCUAGAGCCAUGAGGAUUAUAAUAUGUAUAUAUAUAAACUCAUAUCCAUGUGAACUCUUAAGAAAAAAAGAGUUUUGCAUUUUAUAAUUGGAUAUAGUCAACAUAUGAUGUGAUAUGUUUUUGUUUGUUGCUGGAUUUUGUUUCAUUUAACCUCUCUUCCCACCCUCUCCCACAACAAUUAGCCAAGCAUCAAAAGCACUUUCAUUUGAAAACUAUGCUGUAACUUUUUAGGUUAAACCUUAAGGGGACUUUGGCCUUGUGUAUGCUUCUUGUUGUCUGAGAACAGUAGUCACCCCUGGCAGCAAUCAUUACCAAAAUAUAGACAAACCAAAGGUAACCAGCCAGCCCACCACUGAAAGGAAAGAUCUAAGACACAGGAUUCCCACUUGAGAGGCAAAGGACAUGUCCUACCAAGGUUCAUGUUUGGCUCCUGUUCAUAUUAGUGGAAAUGACUGACUUAUUGCUUUAUUAUUUAUAUUUCUUUUCAGGGAGCUUCCCCCUUUUAUCCUUUUUUUUGUAUACCUGCCCAGGUCAUUCCAUUUCUAUUGUUAGUUUCAUUCUCAGUGUCACUGUAACCAUCAUUAUCUCCUCUCAUUGGGAUAGCCACACAAUGGUAUUUUGCAUGCACACUUGCAUGUGUGGGUGUGCACAACUCUUAGCUGUUCAGAUCCUGAGAUCAUUUGAUUACAGUGUGUGCACGCUUACUCUCCCUCCUGUGCAACACAUGUUCUCUCUCUCUCUUUUAUUUUGAUUCUCUCUCUGGCUUUAGAGGAGCAACCACUGGCCUCCACUCUAAUUGGUUGCCAGGAUAUGCUUCUGGCUGUCCCCAGAUUGGGGAUGACCCCCUUAUCGUCAUGUUGGGCAUUUCCUUUCCAGAUUGCCCUGCAAUGGAAAGGAAGGCUUCUGGUUUUUAAACAACACAACAGAAGACCUAGACUCUCCCUGCCACCCUGCCCCACCAAACAAAGAAACCCUUUCAGACAGCCAGUCUUUAUAAAAGCAAAGUACCUUCUCUCCCUCCCUCCAGCCAAUAGAAAUUGGAAAAUCUGGACCAUUUUAGGGUAUCCAUUUUUUCCUUACUUGUGCCAAUGUCCACGUUACAGAUAUCCCCCCUUUUCCUGUAUUGUAACAUACUAGAAAGAUAAGUUGGUAUUGCCAGUUGGAACUUUCUGUUUGGGCAGCCCUGGGGUAACACCCUGCCCUGACCUCUAUUCUCCUCUCCAAGAUUUCAUAGGCUCUUCUUCUCUUACGGUUCAUGCUCCCCUAAUUCCUAGCAAGACUUAAAGAUGGUCCCUACUGAUCAAAUUCUUCUCAUUGUGGAACUUUGUACCUGGAAGCCCUCCUAUAGGCAGCUGAUGGUUAAUUACUGCAAAUCAGUGGAAUUCUUGAGACAAGAUAAACUUCAUGUACAUUUGUCCCCUCUCUUUCUUACCUAUUCUGCCCUGCUACCCCAAUCCUAGCUUUUCUGUAUACCAUCUUAUAGGGUUUUUAAGCCCCAACACUUGUCUAACAAAUGGAGAGCCUAAUUUACCAAAACAAAACUUGUAAAUUUUUGUGUCCUUGUUCGUAAGUUGACUUUUUAUGGAGGAAAGAUUCUAGAUAAUGACAAAUGAAGAUUACGAAAUGUAUUUUACUCCUGUGAUUAUGUUAUGUGCACAUGGGUCAUAACUCGCAUGUCGAGCCCCCUCUGGUGACGGGUAAGAGAGCUCAGCCUUGGAUGGCCAGCAUUCAGUUGUUCGGGUUCAUUUAGUUAAGUUUUAGGACUACUUGUACUCAGUAACAAAAAUCACUUUCUUUUUUUUUUUUCCUUUUUUUCUGUUGUGGAAAAGUGUGAAUUUGUUAUUAAGCAUUUGAUUUUCUGUGUCCUUACGUACUGCCUAAAGAUAAAGCAAAUUUUAAACUGGCAAUUACGAAAAAGAAAUAUUUUAGCUCUGAAGAAUUUAGCAGACUUUGUUAGAUUAGGGAGGCCUUACAGACUGACUUGACUUAAAGAGGACGCGUCACUCACUGUCAGUGUGGUGUGGGCUUUAUUUGCUUAAAUACCUUCAUUUGUAUAGUAUGUCUCACUUGAAAUUGCUUUGUAUACAUUUUGUAAAAAUAUUUAUAAAAUGUUUUGUAAAAAAAAGUAUAACAAAUUGCAGUUUAUUUUGUUAUGUUGGAUAAAUACUGUUAAAAGAAACCAGUCAGUAACUAUAUUGUUAAUCCAUGGUUAGGAAAUGUUUAGUUGGAGAAUACAAAAUGAAACAACCAUUGCAAUACAGCCAAAGAUUUGGGAAAAUGU